AUGGCAGGAUUUGAAGAAGAAAGUGGAACUGUUCGGAUAUUUUCCAAAGACGAUUUCACGCUUCUGACACAAUUUGAUAACGGUAGUUUUGGACGUGUUUAUGAAGCAAAGCUUGAAAACCACGCGCGCCAUCAACGAAUUGCAGUGAAGACAUUUACACAAAACAUCGGUGAUGCGUCAUCAGAAAGUCGGACACAAGCGUUGAUAGAAGAGGCCACACAAAUGUUUGAGGCCAUACACCCUAAUGUUGUUCAAAUAUUAGGGAUCGUCUUAGAAACUAAUUAUCAUGCACUCGUUAUGGACUUUUGUGAAAACGGAUCAGUCAGAGACUUACUGAGAAGUAUCCCAACAAUUUCAAUAUCCUUACGGUACAGGAUAUUGUACCAAGUUGCAAAAGCGAUGAAUUUCUUGCACCAAAUGAAUCCAGCGAUCCUUCAUUUAGAUCUUAAGGCGUCAAAUGUUUUGUUAGACAUUUGCUGUCAUGUUAAGAUAUGCGACUUUGGCUUAUCUGAGAGUUUUAGUACCAAAGGAGGGACAGUUACGCAUAUGUCACCACAACAAUUGAAAGAUUCAGGCAGACCUGCGACAAAAGAGGAUGAUAUGUAUUCGUAUGGCAUUUUUAUAUGGGAAGUGUUUUCUUCUGGAAGGGAGCCAUACAAAGAUUCAGUGGACGAGGAAACACUUAAUAAACUGUUGCUUAAGAUAGGGCAGAAAUUGGGAGGAGCAUUUGUUACUCUUGGUGUUGUUCUUGGUUUAGAUAGAUCUGAUAUAGAAAAUAUUCAAAUCAGCAAUCCGCAUUUCGCUCAAAACUGGGGUUACGAAAUCCUAACAACAUGGAAGAGCAGACAAGAUGUGGAUAAUACAAGCAUCAUAGAAAAAUUGUAUGAGGCAUUAAGGGAUGAUAGUGUCAAUAGGGUUGACCUUGCUAAACUGUGUGGAUUUGAUAAGUCACAACACGAAAUUAUAGAGGGAGUUGUAAGAGGAAUGCGUCCGAGUGAUGAGUUCCUUCUUGCCCCAACAGCAGACAAUCGCCUGGAGGAGUUGUACGAUUUCAUGAGGCAAUGUUAUACCUAUAAACCCACACGGAGACCAACAUUUGAAGCUUGUUCCAUAUAUCUGGAGACUUUCCUCGACACAAAUGAGAUGAACCUGAUACAUGAGAAAUACCGAGGUUCAUUUUCUAAAUCUUCAAAGAUACAUGAUCUGGAUCUGUCUAAGGCUGUUAAAAGGACACGGUGCAUUUCGAGUGCAGUAUCGACAGAGGGCACUGCGUCUCAAGUAAUCCACAAUGCUGUAUGUGCCGGGUGCAAUAUGGAACCAAUUGAAGGCGUGAGGUAUAUCUGCAUGGACGGACAUACCUUCAACCUGUGUGCACUUUGCCAUGACAACGGGGACCAUGAUGGAGAUAAAAUGUGUAAGAUAGUGGAUCCAAAACAAUGGACAAGAGAACAAAACAACGAUGGUUCUCCAAACAACCUCCAUUAUGGAAUAAUCUGUGCAAUCUGCGAUGGACCAGUAAUCGGAUUGCGACAUGAAUGUGAUACCUGUGAAGACUUUAACUUUUGUAAUGAAUGCAUUGCUAAGGGAAACCACACGCAUCAUGGAAUAACUGAAUAUUAUAAACCAGAGAAGCCAUUCGACUCUAAAAGAGGAAAACCGAACACUCUUAAACAUAAUGGUAUAAUUUGUGACGGAUGUGGAUCUAGGAGAAUAUUUGGAAGACGUUAUAAGUGUGAAGAGUGUGAGGAUUAUAACUUAUGUAGUGUCUGUAAAGAAAACAUUGGAUUCCACAAUGACCAUGCCUUCAGUUUAUAUGAGAGUACGAAAUUUGGUAAAAACGAUGUCGUAUGGGUCAGCUGCAGUGCUGACGAUUUUCCACAACUACAACGGGGCUUUUACAUUGGAAAAAUGGCCAAGAUUGCUGGUAUGCGUGGCAUUGUGAGUGCAAUAGAUGAACAUGUAAAAGAUUCUGACUAUUAUUUGCGAGUAACCUUCAUCGAUGGUUUUGAAGCGCCCAUUCACCCAGAUGCACUGACGUUAGUGGACACUUCAAGAGAUGAGAUCAAGGUCGGCUGUAAAGUGAUAGUGCUUGAAGAUGCAGACAAAAAGGCACGCAAAAAAGGUUAUGGAAAAUGGGAUCCAGAAAUGUCAAAGCUGUUAGGCGAGUCUGGUGAUGUCAAAAGUAUUACAGCUGAUGGGCAGUUCUGUGAGGUAGUUAUUAAAGGCAAUGAAUGGAUGUUCCAUCGGUCUGCUUUACGAUUCGUGGUUGCAGAAGACGAAGAGAAAAAAGCACUUGUCAACUCGGGCAUACAUGACUAUAUCGACGUCAUACGCGAAGCUUCAUCUGACUUCAACGUGAUGGGAAUUAUCAAUGGUAUCAAGAAAAUCAAGAACCAUGUCAAGUCAAUGGUUCCAGGCGAUUAAAAUAAUCCAGUUGCUCGAACACAACUGGUCACAAAAACAAAACGAUGGUGAUGGUGCGAGUACAUCAAAAUGGUGGCAUCAGGAGUGGCACAUCU